UCGAAAAGUGUUCUCACACACAAAUGUUUCACAUUCCUUUCGUUAAAAAAAUGGUCUAAUAACAAUAAUGCGGUGAAGGGUAGACAUCUAUCCAAACACGCUCACCGAAAAAGGGCGUAUUCCCCCAAACAGUCAAAUAUCAAUACUUUAGGGUGUAACAUUCAUGUGGGAACGGGCAACAAGAAAUAUUUCCAUAUCAAACUACUACCCAAUGUUAUGAGUCAUGUGAGCUUGUAGUUACCCUGAUCUCAAUGGGGGCUUAGGCACCCAUUGUCCGCACCAUUUUACCCCAUUGUGUUCUCUGUUUUCACAAGUGAAAACUACGCCGAGUGAAGUAUAUGCGCUGGUCAAACAUUCACGCUAAAAACCCUUUUGGACGGGCGUAUUUAUACUAGAGGGGUGUUGCAAAUAUAUUCAUCAGUUUGCAUGCGCAUUUUGCGACACUCACAAAUUGUUCAGGUCAUUACUUGUUCAUAAUCAUACUUGAUAAAUAUGUAAUUAAAUGGAAAUGUAUUUUGUGUAUCGCGUUGACGGGUUUCGUGAUCCUGUUGCUCUUAGUGUGAAACAAGGAACACCCCUUUUAUGUGAUAAAUUAUUCAGCUAUACAAAAUGAAACUUCCACAGGUUGAGGUUCAGACGACAGCGGCCUACGUAACCGCGCCCAGGUGUGUUUCGUUGUGAGUAAUAAGCAUAGACAGUGCAGUCGACAUGCAUGACAUGAGUAUAAUUCGCCGGCCUACACACCAAAAAAAUAACCGUAGAUUCUGCUGAACGUUCUGUGAGUUAGUAUCGUACAGAGGUGAUGCGAUGUGGCAAAGGUCUCCAUCAUUUCUCACAUCUGGAUGUUUAACACUGAGUAGUCGCCUUUGAGAUUGCCGGCUUAGUCAUAGACAGCAGGUGAAGACAUCACUGAUAUUUUAACAAAGGUCUCAGUUGUCACUUUACCGGUUGUUGACUUAUUUGGAUGUUUGGAUCGAAGAUGGCUUUUUGGCAAGGUGUGACGCUCUGCGUUGUCGUCGCUUUAUUGACAACGACAAGUGUCCUGUCACAGACUGUUCCACCGCCGUCCUUCUCCGUGCGACCCAGCAACACGGUGGCAGCUAUGGGGCACGAGGUUAUCUUCUACUGCACCGUGGUCAACCUUGGCCGUCAUCAGGUGUUCUGGAACAUCGACCAGCGAUCGGCUGCGAACGCCGCCGCGAAAGAGUUCACCAUCGGCCCCAAUGCCAACACCCAUAACAGCUACCCUCGCUUCCAGUUCGUAGGGGAUGGAGGGAACGGAGAGUUUAACCUCCGCAUUUCCGAUGUAAAAGCAGACGAUGUAGGAAGAUACACCUGUCUUGUGAGUGACCCCAACGACCCUACCUCCUCGGCCAUGGAGGCUGGCGCCACGCUGACUGUCCUCGAUUCUCCCGUUGCACCGAUGCCUGGCUUUCCCCAGUGUACCAGGGCGCCAGACCCCAACCCAAUGGGAUUCUACAAUGAAAGCGAAGUCUUGACACUGACUUGCAUUACCAUGGGAGGGGUGCCCCUCCCCAACCUGUCCUGGGUCAGGGUGAGAGAUGACAAUACAACCGAGACUCUGCCAAUCCGUACUGUCAGAAGUGGUGAUGUUGUAACAGCCGAGGCCAAAGUCGAUCUGUCGAGUGUCGAUCACAAGUCGUUCUACCGAUGUGUCGAGACCCAUCCCAGUGGCACUACGGGGCGGACCUGCACCGUAUCCUCAAACGGGUCCGGUUCGCAGCCGUCCCUUGACGUCCGCUUCAAACCCGUGGUCAGUAUCACCCCCGAUGUGGUCAAUGUCGAGCUUCUUGAAACCGUGACUGUCGACCUGAGGUGCGAGGCGUACGCCAAUCCCCCCUUGACUAGCAGUCCGGUGAUUAUUCUCCCUGAGAAUAAGACUGGUGAGGCCAUCAGCGAAGAUGAUCUGACGAAGACGGCAACUAGGGUCGAUUUGACCACGGAAGACGUCGGGAAAGACCUCUUCUGCCGCGCAGUCAACAAUCUAGGUGUCGGUGAGGCCAGUGUGGAUGUCCGACGCUUGGGAUGGCCAACAUGGCUGAUCCUCGUCGUCAUUGGCGCCAUUGCUGUGGUGCUCUUCAUCUUCAUCGUGGUGAUCGCCUGUGCCUGCUGCGUGGACAGGUCGGGACAGGAAGACGAGAAAUACAAAGACCGACUGCGAUACUCCGUGAACAGGUCACACCAGACCUCCAGACGACACGAGGGAGUGGGUGAUGGGGACUACAUCGACGGGUACGAAGAUGAAGACAUUGUCCCCAUCGAAGACUUCCAAGGAGGGCAUGAGUUGGCUGAGAUGCAGGAGCACCAGAAGGACUCCAGCACAAGCAACGACUUCGAGACGGGAGAGAGAGGCCCGAGGUAUCAGAACGUCAACGAGGCGUUCCAGAGUGACAACAACUCAUUUUCUCAGUCCAAUCCAUCGUCUUCGGAGCCCAUAAUUGACCCCGACUUUGAAUAGACUCUCUAGAUGGAAUGGCGCCGAUAACCACAAUGGCUUGGGGAAAAUGAGAAAUAGUAACAGUUUUGGUCAAUAUCCAGAAAGAUAUUUGGAUUUUGUCAUGUAUAAUGGUCCGAUCUUACACAAUGCAGAUAUAAUUGAAAACAAAACCACAUGGAAUGCACGAAAUAAAAUAAACCUAGCUAAAUGUGUUUAAAAACGUACAGUUUUUUUAACGGUGGCGGGAAUAAGUUCCAAAAAAUAAACCAUCAGAAUUCGUAAAUUCCAUCUAAGAUGAUUCGAAAAUUCAGGAUCUUGAAGUUUAGUGAUACACAAAAAUACCUUUGCGUGUUGGAUGCGUUCGGAGGAUAGGGUCUGUAUCUUGAACGAAAGGUCACAUCGAGAGGAGAAAGUACAUUGGUCAUUAAGACAUUUGAAUGGUCAUGACGUCAUUUUAAACAUGACGACAGGCCUGACGCCAUACAAACAUGCAGGCUAUGUACUUUUCCUUUGGAUUUGAUCAUCUUUUUUUUAAAUGGUACGUACGGUUAUGGUUGCUCCAAAGAAGUUCUGAGGGAUCGAGGUUGAAAACUUUAAACUUUUUGUUUUUUACGUCGUUUCCAUCGAAAUGUGCAACUUCAGUCGUUCUUUUAAAUAUUAUCAUUCACUAAUGACCGAUCUUUUGUUAAUGAUUGGCGCUAAAUGCUAAUUUGCCGUGUAGAAUUGCAAGCAUAUCAGCCUGUUUACCAAAACUAUGUCUUUCGAAUCAAGGGCGCGGCCAUCUUGUCUUGUCCCUAGAGGUAGCAGGCUGUUGCCAAGUUGGUCAGCAAAAAUAGACCAGCCUAUUUUGCUCAAACUACAGCUGCGUAAAAAGAAAGCACAUUUUGUAAUUAUUUCAAAGCUAAGAUAAAAAGGCUUACUUUUUUCAGUGACGAGAAAAUGCAAGAUACAGGAAUCAGACAAAAAAAUGUAGUACAUGUAUAAGCAAUUAGAUUGCUCCGCAUUUUUGCUGUAAUUUAAAGAUUUGCUGUCAAUUUGUGCCAAUUAUGUCCUUAUGGUGAUUGCUUUGCUGUAUAUUACGUUACUUUGGGAUUACAAGGGAUGACAUGUAGAAUUAUAGAAACUAUAGAAAUAAAAGGACAUACAUUGUAUCUUCAUUGAUAUUAGGUUAAAAAUCACAUUCUGUGUUUUAAUAUUAAAAUUAUUAUGGACCUAUUUUUAAGAAAAAAAAAUUGAUUCAAAAAUUUGAUUGGGUGAUGAUUUUGUUGAUACAAGUGGGUAUUGUACGAUCUUCUGUUAUUCUCUAUAACUAUAUAUGAAUUGUCAGGGUAUUUGAAUUGUGAUCAUUUUUCAUUUAAUAUCUAAAUUAAUGACAAUCAAGUUGCCAAGAAAUAUGAUUUACAUGCCUUAUAUAGAUACCUAUGCAAACGGAUCACAUAUUUUUUAAUUAUGCAAAUGAUCAGAAUUUUUCUCUGAUCCUUGUACAUAAAAGUGAAAACUGCAAGUUAUAAUUGUAAAUAUUUGCCUGGGCCUUCAUCCGACUUUGAAAAAAAGAAAAGCUAAGCGCUAUUUGUAUUGGUGUAAAAAGUAGGGGAAAAGAUUUAAUCCUUUAUUAUAAAGCUUAGAAUUUGAAAAACAAUGAAAUCGACGUCACAAUGCUUGUAAAUUUAUUCAAAAGAAUUAAAAUAUAAAUCUGUUCACACAGAAACUAUUUUUUUACAUUAUUGGAAUGAAUUACAGGCUAACAUACAGUCAUGUAGCGAAAAUUUGAAAGUGAAGCAAAGGAUCUUGUUAAUUACUCGCCAUUGUGUUGUAUUCGUAUCUCACUGUUUGAAAUGUUAUUUCUACAGUACAUCAACAUCUCUUAACGUACAAUCAUCAAACGGGAAUAUUUCGUUUAAACAUUACGAAAAAAAACACCAUUAUUUUGUAUUUAAAAAUUGGGAUAUUUUAAACGAUAAUAAAUAAUGCUUAUGGAUGCAAAAAAAGAGAGAUCAUG